UUUUCCUCCUCUCCACUUUGUUUAGGUCAGUGGGACGAUGUACAACACGGGGAGACACGUGUCCCUCCGGUUAGACAAGGAGCACCUGGUGAACAUCUCCGGGGGCCCCAUGACCUACAGCCACCGCCUGGAGGAAAUCCGGUUACACUUUGGCAGUGAGGACAGCCAGGGCUCAGAGCACCUCCUCAAUGGCCAGGCCUUUUCUGGAGAGGUUCAGCUGAUCCACUAUAACCAUGAGUUGUACACAAAUGUCACAGAAGCUGCAAAGAGUCCUAAUGGGUUGGUGGUAGUUUCCAUAUUUAUGAAAGUAUCUGAAUCAUCAAAUCCAUUUCUAAAUCGUAUGCUCAACAGAGACACCAUAACAAGAAUAACAUAUAAGAAUGAUGCAUACUUACUACAGGGGCUUAAUAUUGAGGAACUUUACCCAGAGACAUCUAGUUUCAUUACGUACGAUGGGUCAAUGACAAUUCCACCCUGCUAUGAAACAGCAAGCUGGAUAAUAAUGAACAAACCUGUGUACAUAACAAGGAUGCAGAUGCAUUCUUUGCGACUUCUAAGCCAGAAUCAGCCAUCACAGAUAUUUCUGAGCAUGAGCGACAAUUUCAGACCAGUCCAGCCUCUCAACAAUCGAUGUAUCCGAACCAAUAUCAACUUUAGUUUACAGGGAAAAGAUUGUCCAAACAAUAGAGCACAGAAACUACAGUAUAGAGUAAAUGAAUGGCUCCUCAAAUGAGACAGAGCAGGCAAAAUCCAAAUCCUCAGUGGAAUGCUUCUCCUGGGAAUUGACAUCAUCUGCAAUGCACCCAACCUCCCUCUCUGGCUCACAUGCACUUUGUGCUGUGGGAAAAGAGCUGCCAUGCUGGAAAACUCCUCAAAAUUUAUUCAUGUGAUUGGUGGCCAUUUAAAAACAAAACAAAACAAGACAAAACAAAAGUAUUACAGUAAAUGUGAUUACAAUUUUCCUGAACUAAUUUGGAGUCACAAAGAAAGACUUUUCAGACUUUGUACAUAUGAAAUUCUUAAUCUUCUCCCUCUCUCUCCCUCAACUGAAAAAAAAAAAAGAAAAAAAAAAGAAAAAAGGUGGAUCAGUACAGCAUCAAAGUGGAGUUGUGUUCUGUGUGCCAAGUAAUCUUGGAAAGCUCUCAUUAUUUCACUAUCAUUAAUGGAUAUUGACAAGACAGAACAAGACUCCUGUAAAGAAAUCAUUUCUAGGUAUGAUCUUUCUGUUCAUUUAAUUUUAAAAGGGACAGACUUUGAUAGAUAAGUAUUGUAAAUAUAUCACUGCAGAAUAUAAAGGAAAUUUAAAUAUUUCCCUCUGUCACAUAUCUGUAGUAGGAUUUGGCAAAACCAGAAUAUAUCCAUUUUCUGUUUCUUGCUUUACAACAGAUCAUACGUUGUGUUGGUUACUAUUAACAACUCAAUAAAUGUGUUUAACAAAUUAAUUUAGUUAAGUUGCUUUGAUUUCUUUUUUCCUUUCUGAAAUGACAAGCCUCUUCUACUUGUGGAUGCAUUAUUUGUGGUUUUAUUUUUUUUCCUUUUUUUUUUUUUGUUCUUUUUUUUAACUUAAUUUCUUUGUUUGCAGCCCAUUCAAGUGAGUGAAGGACAAUUGGGAAUGCACUUAAAGGUGGUAUAACUUAAACUCCACUGGGCUCAGAAGCAGAAAGCAGAUGAAACAUAUCUCAGUUUAAAAUUGUCAUUUUCCUUGCUGAAGCCAUUAUCGGGACAAAAUUCAAUCCUGUAAAUUUGUGGUGACAGGGAUAUUUUUUCUUUACAGAUAAAGCAGGAGCUGGCCUAGUAAAAGCAAAUGCCUUUUUUCUUAUUUAUAAUGGUCAUUCACUGUGUUUGGUUACUGUCAAGAACUCAAUAAAUGUGUUUAACAAGUUCA